CUCACCCCGUCUAACUCACGGAGUAGGGAAGAGAGUGAUGCCGCCAUCACCGCCCUAGUCUUACACUCAGGGGUGAUACUCGAACCCCCCGCUCUUGGUGUCACUCGCCGUGGGCCGAAACUCUUACAGGACACGAAGUUACUACGGAGUACUCCGACCGUAGUGGCCUUCCUUGUUUAGUGCGGCGCUGACGAAGACUGUGUACGCAGUGCUAUUGAUAAAGAAACAUAUCUCCUUCCGAAGGGCGGCUUAGCUAGCUGCUCUUGAUAUCACGUAGAGGUACCUAGGUAGCACUGUGUGCACCCACUCCGUACGACAGGUGGAAAGGAAAAGGAAAAGAAAAAGAAAAACAGAACCCCUUCCAGGUCAAUAUGACGUCCACCUCCUUCACAGACACAGUGGCGCAGGUGCUCGAGACGGUACCUUCGACCUAUCGCGGUCCCGGUGGCUCGGUCGCUGUGCUCAAGGAUGGCGACCUGCUCGGCCAGCAGGUCUGGGGAUAUUCCAACCUCGACACACGGACUCCGUUGGGCCCAGACACGUUGCUACCCAUCUGUUCCAUCACCAAGCAGAUGCUCUGCGCUCUGCUGCCCAGCCUUGAGCGCAACCCGACUCCCGCAAUGAAGGCCCGCGGUACAGACACAAGUGCCAAACCAAAAAUGCAAUUCCAAGAUCAGUUGUCCGAGAUUCUGGGCGCCGACUUCGUCAAGCAGACGGGCUUGAAGAUCCAUCAUCUCGCGAACAACGCCUCCGGAAUACGGGACUACUGGGCCUUAACCGUGCUCUGGGGCGCGAAAUUGGAUCAGAAAUUCUCGAUCAAGGAGCACAUCCCGCAAGUCAUCGAGAAGGUAAGCAGGUCGUUGCAUUUCACUCCAGGCACGGGCUACAGCUACUCCAACGUCAACUUUGUCAUCCUCCAGCGCGUCAUUGAAGCAGUCAGUGGCCAGACAUUCGACGAACUACUUGCCGAGCGUGUAUUCGGACCGAGUUCCAUGAAGAGUGCCUUCGUUGGUGCAGACUCGUCGCUUCAUCCGACGCGCUGUCAAGGAUACGAAGGCGAUGCGCCUUCGGUCGGCUACUUUCCUGCCAUCAACCGUAUCGAGUGGGCUGGAGAUGCUGGCAUCGUCGCUUCGCUCAACGACAUGAUCGCUUACGAAAAGUCCUUGGACCGCAGCUGGACUGCAAAGGAGGGCUGGUUCUGGGACAAUGCGCAGCCGGCUACCUACGACGACGGCACACCCGCCCACUACGCCAACGGCCUUGCGUCGGUGGAUGUCCUCGGUGUACGGACUGUCAGACACGGUGGUGCACUGCGCGGGUAUCGACUUCACCGAUGCUAUGCCCCCGAACAGCGGGUUUCGGUCAUUGUCAUGUUCAAUCACGAGGCUGACGCUGCGGCCGCGGCAACUUCAAUCUUGCAGAAGAUUCUCGGCCUGAAAGAACCAGAAACGCAGGUCGUUCAACCGGGAGAGGAGUGGUUCGGAUCAUACUUCGAUGACGAAGCGCAGAUGUUCUUGACUGUCGCCAAGGGUAAAAAGCCGGGAGAAAUCCAGAUCUCCUACGUCCGAGCUCCAGAAACGGUCAAGCUCACGGACGCAACCCAUGCGGAAUCGCCUUCACUCAAGGUCUCGCUUGAAGGAGAUGGACAAAUCAUUGUCAUUCAGCGAAUCGAAGACAAUCGCACGGUCCGCGCGAUAAAGCUCAGUCCCAGCGCGAACCCGGCGAAAAUUUCCGCUCCCCUCCUGGGCUCGUAUUACUGCGAUGAAAUCGACUCGAAGCUCAAGAUCGAAGGACAUAGCGGUAUGCUCUAUGGGGUCUUCGAAGGGUUCCUAGGCACGGGCGCUGCACAUCUCAUCCGUCAUGUUGGAGAGGAUGUCUGGGCGCUUGAGUGCGCGAGGAGCAUGGACGCCCCUGCGCCAGGCGAUUGGACGCUUGCUUUCAAGAGGGACGAGGCAGGAAAUGUCACUGGGCUAACAGUAGGCUGUUGGUUGGCGAGGAAGAUUGAGUACAAGAAGAUUUUGAAAGAAGGAUAAGCUGCUGCAAGGUCGAGCAGCGCAAUGGAACCGUCGUGGCCCGGUUGAGUUAUCGAUGAGCCCAUGGGCAAGGGAGUUGAGGAUGAAGGUGAGACGUGAGCGAAUCGUCUUAUCCUAAUAAGAAUACAACAGCACAGUCGAGGUCGAGGUGAGUGCCAUCAUGCUCCCAUGUGAGUCCCUUACUUAGGUAGGUAAGUACCUAAGGUACUUUGUAGGUAGCGAGCUGUGCCUAGGUAGAAUUUGAGAUGUAUGCUCGGUAUGCAUGAUCCGCCAAGCAUCAUGGAC